ACUGAGAAGUGAAAGCCGAAAGGUAGAGUGAGAAGAACCGAAGAAGCAGUAGUUUAAGAAAAAGAAAAUGACGUAAGCUGAGAUAUCCGACCUGAAGUGCGCGAUUGGAGCAAGUUGCCGAACUGAAAUCGACGGCAGAACAAUGGCGCCGACCGCCGCGAGUUUUGCAGUGAUUCCAUGCCUUUCCGUCUCUGUCAAAGCACCAACUGAUUGUUCCUAUAAGCAGCUGCAACGGAAUCAAGUUGCCGCCGAGACUCGUCGGCGAGUCUUGCUCGCUGGUGCUAUUUCGACACUAUCCAUAAUGUCUCCCAGCUGGAUGCCGACGCCAUUGCCUGCCAGAGCCGAAGGAGGACAACCGGCAAAAGACGAAGAGGAGGAGGGCGUGGUCGGCGCAAUCAAGUCGCUUCUGGAUCCAAACGAGAAGACGAAAUCCGGGAAACUGCUUCCGAAAGCUUACCUGAAGUCCGCGAGAGAGGUGGUGAAGACGCUGCGAGAGUCGCUGCAGGAGGAUCCCAAGGACAAUGCCAAGUUCAGGCGGAACGCCGACGCAGCCAAGGAAUCCAUUAGAGAGUAUUUGGGCAAUUGGAGGGGCCAAGAGAAGAUCGCCGGCGAGGAAUCGUACGUGGAGAUAGAGAAGGCGAUAAGAGCACUGGCGAGCUUCUACUCAAAAGCAGGGCCGUCCGCAGCCCUACCGGAAUCUGUGAAGUCUGCGAUACUGGAUGAUUUGAAGACCGCUGAGGAGUUUUUGUGAGAAUGUACAUAUAAAAUGGAUUCAAUUCUAUAAAUAAGCACUGAAUUGAAAUGGAAAGCGUGGAAUGGAGGAACAUUUUCCAUCCCAGUUUCUUACUUGCACACAUGGAAAAAUUUGUAUCGAGGAACCAGUAGUCUUUUCCCGAGAUAGGAUAACAAAAAAAAACAGGGGAGGGAGCGUCUGCUACGUAAGAAUCGAAUUCGUUCCUCUUCUUUUUGUUACAGGGUGGUGGGAAUCAAAGUUCCAAAAUCUGGAACCCCGCAGCCGCGCAAUCAUCGGCAAUACCAAACUUAUAUACACGUUCUAAGGGUGACUGCGCACGAGAUAGCUCUUACUCCGGCCAUCCCAUCAUCCCAUUCAGCAUACAACAGCGGCUGGCAGCCUCAGCCUCACUCCCUUCACUGCACGCAGUGGUAUAGAUCACUCACACUCUUCCCGGAAGGACCGAAACUUGGAAAAGGCAUAUAACAAUAUCGCCGAGCAUCCCUGCGGGCAUCCCAGCAGCCCCUGUGUACAGAGAACAACGCACCGAACUCGUUGAGAUCACGCGCCAAACUAGGUGCCCCCAAAAUGCUUACCCUCAUCGUCAGAGUAGUGCAAGUGAAUAAGGAGUGCAGCAGCUACUCAGAUUCUGUUUUGACUUCACUCGCAUCAGUGUCGGAACCAUGCUCAUAAGUUGCUGCUGCAUGGUUUGCUGCUUCAAGGCCUGAUCCCAAUUGGUAUUCCUCCCCGGGAGCAUCGAUAUUGGUCGGCUCAGAGUCUCUCGGGAGACCACCCAGCAAUGUAGUUUGUUCAGUAGAGAACGAACCUUUAUAUUCCUCCUCGGAAUUAGACUCGCUUAAUCUAUUGAAUGCUUGGGCCUCGUCAGUUCCAUUAUCCCCCAAAUCAUGUGCCGCCUCUUUGACUUCUCUCCGACUGCUCAUAACAGUAGGCAUCCUCAAAUGGUUAGCAACAGACGCUGAUUCAUCUACUGCCUCACCAUUUACUGGUUUAUGUUCACGAGAAGCAUCUGGCGAACUGCUCAUUUCAGAAACAUUGUUCGAGGAAAUGGGAAGAAGAAACUGGUUUUCAGGAAUAGCAUGAGAAGAGAUAUCAUCAUUCUCCAGAGAAGCUGACUUCACGUUGGAUAUUCUGGAUUUAUCCAACUUCUUGUCCACUAGCCCUGAAUCUGAGCUGACGCUUUGCUUAAUCUCGUGGGAUGCAUCCAAGGAAAUCUUUGAAGAGUUUGCAGAAGCAACUGGACUUGAUGUGCCAGAUUUUGCCCUAGCCGAUUCUCCAACUUUCGCUUCAAUGUUAUUAUGUUCAAGACCACCACUGUCGCUUUCUCGAAGAUAAUCUCCAGCUGAACCACUAUCAGCUGAAGCAUUGUCCAUAAAUUUAUCACCUUGGGGUCCCUUCUCUUUCACACCUAUGAAGAAAAAUAAGGAGUUCAGUAACAUAUGGGAUCAAGUCUGGGGGGAAAAAUCAAUCAACAAAAUACUAAAUGGGGAAAACCUUUAUUAGUGUUCAUUUUCUCCCCAUUUUCCUGCUGAAGUAAGUGCUUCUGAAGCAUAUCCACACCAGGGAACACCAUCGUAUUCAUAGACUUCAGUUCUUGCUUAAGGGAUUCAUCAAGGCUAGUGAACCCAAACACCUCCGUCCAUGUGUGCAUUAGCUCAGAAAUGGCAGGAAUAAUUAGCUUCUCAACCUUCAAU